AUGGUUGGAAUCUGUCACAGGGUAAGAGGACUAAAUACCAUCUUCAAAAUGUCACUUUCAAAUCAAACACUGACCAAUGUUACUGCUAACCUGCAGUAUCUAGGGGUUUUGGAAAUUGUGCUAUUUUUCACUCUGUCUACGAUGUCAUGUUGUAUAUUCCUCUUUAUCAAUGGAAUCAUGCUAUUUACUUUAAGGAGUAAGAUAUUGUUCUGUGAGACGUCUCGAUACAUUCUCCUGUAUAACCUUCUGUUUGCAGACACAGUACAGAUGGCACUGAGUCAAUUACUGUAUAUUAUUGCUACUUCUAGAAUAACACUAACGUAUCCUGUAUGUGGUUUUCUCACCAUGCUUGCCAAUCUUACAACUGUGGUCUCUCCUCUCACGCUGGUGGUGAUGUCUCUGGAGAGAUAUGUCGCUGUGUGCUACCCACUGAGGCAUGCCACCAUCAUCACUAUCACCAACACAGGUGUGGCCAUCAUUGCGAUUUGGGCCAUUGGUUCACUAAAUAUUCUCACUCGGGUUCUUCUGCUGUUAGAGUUUCCUUUUGAAGCCCUUGAUAGUCUGCAGAUGAAAGAUUUUUGCUCUGAAAUAUCAAUGUUUGUUGGGUCUAUGUCUGAUGAUUACGACAAAGCUUUCACAUGUGUUCUGUUUAUUUCCGCAAGUGUGGCAAUUACAUGCUCUUAUAUUGGUGUUAUAGUAGCAGCCAGGUCGGCCUCCACAGAUAAAGCUUCAGCCCAUAAGGCUCUUAACACACUGCUGCUACAUCUGGUGCAGCUGGGUCUCAGUCUUUCCUCAACCAUUUAUAACCCACUUCUCACAGCACUAGCAAGAGUUUUAACAAGGAUAGUGUUUGUGCGCAUCCAGGUUGUUUUUUAUGUGUGUAUUUUCUUGCUUCCCAGAUGUUUGAGUUCUCUGAUUUAUGGUAUCAGAGAUCAAAGCAUCAGACCUGUCCUCAUAUAUCAUCUUUGCUGUCGACUGAGAUAA